AUGUCCGAAAUGGGAUUCAAUCGAGUGAAUUUAGACAAUUAUCUAUUGGCGACAUCUGAUACCAUUUCAACUGUUGGUCUAUCUUCACCUGGACCAACUUCACGUACAGCUCCUCCAGGUUUAUCGAAAGAGUUACAAAAUGAAGAACGUAAUAAUGAGGAGGAUAUUAUAAAAGAAAAUACAACAGAAAAGGGUACAGCUAAAAAAGAAUCAAGAAAAAUUGAAAUUGAAGCAAUCAAGCUCUUGGACCUGGAAAUGAACCACAGCAUAGGCAAAAACUAUGAAAAGUUUACAUCACAAGAAUUUAGAAAAAAAUUAAUUGAUUGGACAGUAAUUGAUGAUCAACCAUUUAUAGUUAUUAAAGAAAAAAAAUUUAUAGAUAUGUUAACAUAUCUUAAAUUUGAUUUAAAUUUACCAUCAGCAGAUACUUUACGAUAUGAUUUAGUUGCAAAUUUUAUACAAAUAAAAAAUAAUGUAUAUAAAAAUUACAG